GGUUGGGUCCUUUAUGAAUAUCUUCUUCUUUUGAAUCAAAUCUUUCUCUCAUAAGAGUUUGUUUUUUCGAGAAUCCGACAAAACUAACACACACCUCUCUCUUGUCAGUAUCUCUCCAUCUCCGUUUCUUUCUCUCCAAAACAAAACAAACCUAUCUCCGGCCCAAAACCAAUGGUCGGCUCCGGCGCCGGGAAAAAUCCACCCCUCCCUCUCCAACCGCUCUAUCUUUCAUACCCACCAAACCAAGACACCAUGAUAAGUGGUGGUACUCCUUCAGGAGGAGAGUCCUCGUCCUUCUUGAGAUUGCUAGGCCCAGUUACAUUAGGCCUAGGCUUGGGCCUCAUUUCGUGGAAGUCAUCAUUCCUUGCUGUAAAACACGGCUAUCACGCGGUCGUAGUCGACUGCUUCACGGGAGUCGCUCACACCCUCGGAGAGGGAACUCAUUUUCUCCUCCCGGGUCGUUAUACUCAGUACAUGGUUGAUGUCAGACCACGUCCUUACAACAUAUCCGCCAGGCCCGCCACCAGAGAUCUGCAGAAGGUGGAUAUCAAUCUCUGUCUCGUCUUAAGUCCGGACAGAGCAAAGCUGCCAUCCUUUUUGAAGUCCCUUGGGCUGAACUUCACGGAACAGAUUUUACCCGCCUUCGGAAAUGAAGUUCUACAUGCUGUGGUAAAUGGAUACGGCGCCGAGGAGCUGUUUUCCAGUAGGGCAGAUUUCGUUGUUCGGCUCAAGGAGGAAUUUAUCAAGAAGGCCAAGGUUUAUUCCAUGGCCGUGGUUGAUGUUUUUGUGUCAGAGUUGGAUUUCACCCCGGAGUUCACCAGCGCCGUGGAGAAGAAGUUACUUGCACAGAUGGAAAAGGAUACCGCUACGCCGGAGGCGGAAACCUCCGGCGUUCUCCUCCCUCGUUCGGAAAAUGUUGCUCAGGCGGCGAUAACUCCGGCCGGUGAUGAGAUCCAACCUGCUUCACUUGGUCACUGAUUAGCAGGGGUCUCUUGUCAUAGCAGUUCAGAGUGGAUUUUGGCAUCUCCGCUUAUCUCUCUCCAAUCUCCAUCUCUAUUGACAAUGUUUGUUCAGAUUUCUGAAAUGUACUUAAUUAGUAGAUUAAGUGGAUAUUCCUAAUCUAAUAUUCCUCGAAUUUAACAUUCUGGCUCCUGAAACUGAAAGUGUAGCAGCAUUGAUAUUUUGCUCUAUUUUGUUAUUAUUGGUACUUGUAAUAGCGUUGCAUGUGCUUCAUUGUUAUCUCCGGGAUACAGUUUUAGCUCUCUUGUUGCUUCUGAUUGUUUUCGGGGAUAUCCAACCCUGGUCAUUCUUAGAUCUCUACAGAAUUUGAACCAAAUUUUUUUCUGGAAAACCCUAUCUGAAUCAAUCCUAUCUAUUCCUUCUGUUUUGACCUUAACCUGGAGGAUGAUACCCUCUAGAAAUCACACCAUUGGUGUUUCCAC